UAUAAAGGGAAUACUGUGAUCUGAUAGGAACAAAGACGAAUCAUGAAGUGCUUCGUCGUCCUCGCCCUCGCCGCCGUGGCUUUUGCCGCUCCUCAAUCUCAGAUCACCACCCUGAAGGAUCUGUAUGCCGGAGGUUACUCCAGCCGCAUCAUCAGCGGAUCCCCGGCGAAGCAAGGCCAAUUCCCAUGGCAGGUAGCCAUCAACUUCGUCACCGCUCAAGGAAGCUUCUUCUGCGGCGGAGCUUUGAUCGACGCCCAAUGGGUGCUUACCGCUGCUCACUGCGCUGACGGAGCAUACAGCUUCAACUUGAAAUUGGGAGGUGUUUCUUUGAGCGGAAGCGAAGCCGGCCGCGUCGAGGUCUCCACUACCUACAGCAUUGUCCAUCCAGGAUACAACAACAACUUGAACAACGACAUCGCCCUCAUCAGGAUGCCAAACCCAAUCAAAUUCUCCGACAACAUCCGUCCAGUCAAGUUGCCAAAGCGCGGAAGCGUUAUUGGAAGUCGUCAAGAAGUCACCGUCAGCGGAUGGGGAAAGACUAGCGACUCCGGAUCCGUCAGCAAUAAUUUGAACUUCGUCAAAUUGGUGACCAUCACCAAUGACGAAUGCGCCGCCAUCUACGGCCCAGCCACCAUCAUCAAGUCCACUGUCUGCUGCAAGGGCUUCCCAGAGCACAGUACCUGCAACGGUGACAGCGGUGGUCCAUUGGUCGUCAUCGAGAACGGAGAAGCUACCCACGUCGGUGUCGUUUCCUUCGUUCACAUCGCCGGCUGCGCCAGCGGAAACCCAUCCGGAUACGUCCGCACCGAAUCCUUCCUGGACUGGAUUCACGACAACACCGGCAUCUCCGUCUUAUAUAAAGGGCGGACUGUUUCCGAAUCCGAACAUAGACGAAUCAUGAAGUGUUUCAUCGUCCUCGCCCUCGCCGCUGUGGCUUUCGCCGCUCCUCAAUCUCAGAUCACCACCUUGAAGGAUCUGUAUGCCGGAGGUUACUCCAGCCGCAUCAUCAGCGGAUCCCCGGCCAAGCAAGGUCAAUUCCCAUGGCAGGUGGCCGUCAACUUCGUCACCCCACAGGGAAGCUUCUUCUGCGGUGGUGCUUUGAUCGAUGCCCAGUGGGUGCUUACCGCUGCUCACUGCGCUGAAGGAGCCUACAGCUUCCGUCUGCAAAUAGGAGGUGUCUCCUUGAACGGAAACGAAGCUGGUCGCAUCGAGGUCUCCACCACCUACAGCAUCGUCCAUCCAGGAUACAACAACAACUUGAACAAUGACAUCGCCCUCAUCAAAAUGCCAAACCCAAUUUCAUUCACCGACAACAUCCGUCCAGUCAAAUUGCCGAAGCGCGGAAGCGUUGUCGGAGACCGUCAAGAAGUCACCGUCAGCGGAUGGGGAAAAACCAGCGACUUUGGAUCCGUCAGCAAUAGUUUGAACUUUGUCAAACUGGUCACCAUCUCCAACGCCGAAUGCGCCGCCAUUUACGGCCCAGCCACCAUCAUCAAGUCUACCGUUUGCUGCAAGGGCUUCCCAGAGCACAGCACCUGCAACGGUGACAGCGGUGGCCCAUUGGUCGUCAUCGAGAACGGAGAAGCUACCCACGUCGGUGUCGUUUCCUUCGUCAGCAGCGCCGGCUGCGCCAGCGGAAACCCAUCCGGAUACGUCCGUACCGAAUCCUUCUUGGACUGGAUCCACGACAACACCGGCAUCUCCGUCUAAGUCGAUCGAAACAACGAACAAACCUAAUUAAUUGCUAUGACAAUACAAAAAAAAACAGAACAACAUUAAUAUAAAUAUUUUUCAAAACAA